AUGAAAGACUCUGACUGGAGUGGGGAGCACAUACUGCGGGUCGGGAACGAUGUGCACGAUGUGCACAAUGUGCAUGUGCGGACAACGAGUACCAAGACUACAAAAAGUAACACUACAUACAACACAACAUACAACACAGCUUACAACACAGCUUACAACACAACAAAUUUGAGCGAUGGAAAGAGUGCUGAGCGGGCGGAAGGUGCGCUGGUGAUGCCGCAGAUUGAGCCGCAGCUGACUAGUUUCAUCUUCCCGGAUAUGCGGGCGCUGUACAACAUCGGGAUAGAGUCCUACAAGGAUGUGUACUACGAUGAGAUCACAGUGCAAGGGUUUGAGAUAUACAUAGUGGAGCAGUGGAUAGCGGAGAGGAAGCUGAGCGCGGUGAUCAGCUCGUACACGGGGAACACCCAGGACGUGAUAUCUGCGGUGCGGGUGGUGUUGAACCGAGACCCUCACUUCUGGCCACACAGAUUCAAGAGAUACUACGAGGAGCUUCUGCCGUUCACGCAGCCGAAGUUCAUCUCGAAAGGUUGCAUAUUCGUCACUAACUUGUCGGCGAUGUCCUCGAAACUGUCCUUGCUGCAUGUAGAGUGCGGUGACUUGAGAAGUGUGUGGCACGACUUCAAGACGAACUUCGACUUGAAGAAACUGCAUUGCACUGGCAGAUCAGCCCUGCUGCUGAGUGCACCCGCUAGCUCCGCUAUGAACAAAUUCUCACAGCUGUUCAAGAUCCCCAUAAAGGACGUCGUCACCACUGAUCAGGUAGGCUCACAACAGUACCAGGAUCCAACCACAGAGGCGCAUCUACUUUCUCAUAAGAGAAGCCUCGAAGACCCCUUCAGCGGAAGAGGCGACGAGGAGCACCACCCUCUAACAUUCUCAAAGAGAACAAUGCAAGAGAGGACACCACCUGCAGCAUCUUUAUGGAAAACUAAGAAAGGCCACGAUUUGCCGGGCUUUUACUCUCCAGUUGUGGAAAUGGUGACACUGAUACAGAUAUCCCUAUCUUACUUCAACCUGUUCAAAGGGAAGGACAAGAAUAUUGUGGACGGUUUGCUGAGUGAGGGAACAAAAUCUGCCAUCGAACAAUGGUGGUUGGUCUUCGGGAGAAUCUAUUUCGGGGUUGAGAAACCAAGAAAUGAAGGCACAUUGGGUCCAACUACUGUUGCAAGUAUGUUAAGUCUUGUUCUUAGCUGUUUCUACAAAUUGAUCCUGGUCGACUGUAUGCCUGCUAAGGACCCCUUUGAUGAGCAGGAUUUUAGGCAAGGAGUUUCCAACUUUCAAAAGAAGUAUAGCACAACUACGAAGGAAAAUGAAGGGUUUCUUGAUCCGCCCACAGUAGAAAAACUGUUUCAAGAAGAAGCGAGAUUGACCAAAAACGAAUUUAAGAAAUUAACUAAGACUGUUAAGUGUAAGUUUCAAGACAUCGGGGGUAAAGGUAACGUUGUGCAGCUAGCAAACAAUGUACUAUCUACUGAUAUGGAUAAUUUUGUCAAACAUAUCCAAUGCGGGUCAUUGGGUUUAUUGUGGAAGAACAAAGGUAGGCCACGUAGAAAAGACGUAAGACGUAUCUGCAAGAAAGAAUUCUGUGGGUACUCUUAUAAGAAUGGGGACCCGGAAAAGCAACUUGACGAGGAAACGGAAAGAUGUAACAAUUUGAAUGAGAAGUUACGGCUUGCUCAUGAGGAGGAAAAUAAAAAGAAAACUAGUGAGAUGUUUGGAAAUUAUAUGAUAGAUAUUCCUAUUAUAGGAAACGAUUUGCAUAUGGGUGAUCCAGUAUCAUCUAAGCCAUGGAGAACUAGUGAUGCGGGUAGUUCGGAAAAGGAGGAUGAUGUUAUGAGUAAGGGGCCUUCGGCGGUUAGUUUGUCGUCUAUGUAUUGUAAUUAUGACAAGCAUCAUUAUGAGUCAGGCCUGAAUACGAAUCAACUUUACCAUUCUGAGUUUUACAGAAGAGGUUCGUCAUCCAAUCUACAAACUCUCAGGGAGGAAUCAGAAACUGGAGUUUUAGAGUGUACGGAAGUUUUGUAUAGAUCCAUCUCAUGUAGUGAUAUCCAACAGCAGAUAGAAAGGUGGACAUUACCAUUCGACCCCUCUGUUGUCAGACUGGCAAGGGAUUUGAAGAAGAUACAGAGGGAAACGAAGGCAGAAGCUCAAAUAGAAGACAUGCAGCAUGGAUACUACUCUAUUAUGACAAAGAAAACAUGUUACAUGGAAGAAAAGAGAAUGCAAGAUCUUUUGAAAGUGUCAGGGGAUCUGUUUUACAAGUAUGUCCAUGCUGCCAGAGCGUUUCAGAAUAAGUACGAUGGCAUUGAAAUCAAGCAGAAUUUUCUGCUGAACGAUAUGCGUGAAUUAAACUCCUUGUGCUCAAAACUAAAAUACGAUGUUAGAAUCUUAGAUCUGCGUGUUAGAGAUGUGGAAGAGGCCAUUCAGCAAUUUCAAAGGAAACUUGACACCGUCAGAAACACUAUGAACAUUGGGCACAGCACCAUACACAUAGACACUGCUGAUGUCGGCACAAAGGAAGAGUUUGACCAGUACAUCAUUGACAGGUAUAAUAAAGCACACCCCUGUUACCAAUCUUACUGUCUGAAAGUUAUCAGCAAAGAUUUCUAUAACAACUUAAAGAAUGAUAUAUCGGGAUGGGUAUCCUGGUUAUUCGACGGCAUGUUCCAGAAGGACAAAUAA